CAGUUUUUGUUUACUUUCAUAGCCCUACUUUCAUUCGUUGGGUUGUUUACUAUGUUUGUAUCGUUGCUGUACGAAUUGACGUGUAUUUUUUUUUUCAAUUCUAAGCGGGUGAUAUAAUCGUGUGAUAACAAAAUAUUACAUAUAUUUUUUCGGAUUCGUAAUUAUACGAUUAUCGUGUUGGGAAAAUCUAUUCCAUCGUGAACAGUGCUAUUUUUUCCACUCGAAACUCACUCUUCAGUGCACUAUCUUGUGUCGGAUUCGGAUUGUCGUGCGUUUAUCUAACUGUUGGAUGCGAUAAAGCUCAAAAGUUUGUCGAGUGUUCGAGUGUUUCGAGUUUUAUUUUUUCUCAAUUCGGCGUACGACUCGGUCGAGUGAAUAAGUUUUUUUCCCUCCCAUUAGUAAAUCAAUUAUUUGAACCUUGACCGCGCAAAAAACGACAAUAUUUUGCGAUUGCGGUCGAUUAGAAAAUAGCAUGAUACCGCCUGCUACUCAGUUCGAUGUACACACAGUAGUAUUACCUCACAGCACUUGCCACAAAAGAACCGAUAUGGUGAAUCGACAAUUGGUACAGAACGGUAACGCCGCUUCUCAGGAGCUCAUACAAGAUGAAGUCGUAUCUUCGAAUGAUAUAUCGGAACGUGGUUUGAUAUUACCGAAAAAACUUCUCAAUCCGUGUCUCGAGUCGCCGGAACACCAGCACUUACGUAAAGAGUUAAUCUUCAAUAAUAAAAUAGGCAAAAAUGUAUUGAAUCAAAAAUCCGAAUUGCGUAAAGCAUUGGAAAAGCAUAAAGAUGCCCAGCUCAAAAAAGAACUCGAACAGAAGAAAAAUGAGUCGAAAAGUUUACUCGAGAAAGCUGUCGAAGAUCGUGCUGAGAAAAUUGAGCAGAUGAAAAAAACAGUCGAGGAAGAUCUCAAUAAACCGGAAUUUUUACAAGUUCACGCCAAACUCAGAGCUAAAAUGGAGUCAAAAUCGUAAAAUAAAUUCGUAUACGUGUACUUGUUCGUCGCUGUGUUUUGCAGUGUGUGGUUUUUUUCUUCUUUUUUUUUUUUUCUUAACAGAGCAGAAUGGAAAAAAGUGAUCGAUUUGUAAAUACCUACCUACUAUAAUAACCUAUAUAUUUUUCUCGAUGUGUAUUAUAGAAGUAAUCUAAUUAUUUCUUAUUUGCAUAAUAAUGUAGCUUAAGUUGGAGAGAAAAAAAAACAUUAAUAAAUGUACAGCUUUUUAGAAAAAUAAAUAUUUUAUUACGUAA